AUGCUCAAGGGUUCUCACUCUAAGGGCAGCCAAGGCAAUGGGAGCGAUUCUAGGGACUCAAACACUGGUUCAGGACUCCUGAGCAAUCUGAAAAGAUUUGCAGGUUCUUCAGGUAGCCAGAGUGGGUCACAACGAAUUGAAACUUCCGACAUAUCAUCCCCAAGGAAGGUUAGCGUACCGAGUAGGGUUUCCAAUGCCAAUGAUUUAAGGCCGCUUAACAAGAAAUCGACUAUGAACACUCAGAACUUAUCACACUACAUGAAUGGGAAAUCCUCAGCUGAGUCGUUGAGUUCAAACCAUUCGAGAUCGCCGUCAGUGCAAUCUAGUACUAAGUAUACAUACUCGAGAAGAUCAUCAUCGCACCUAUCAACUCCCGGCGUAAACUCCACAUUAACCAGGGAACCAACUAAUCAAAGUCUAUCAUCAUCUAGCGUGCUUUCUCAGGAUUCAUUUUCCAACCUCGCCAUAUUCAUGACUCCAGAUGGUAAAAUUAAACUAGAUAUGCCAUCUAGUCAUGAAGUCGAGAAUCUUUUUGAGGAUAUGAUGUACAAGAGGAAUAUUCUUCAAAAUCUGUCCCCUGAUAAACAAAAGGAACUUAUGGAUUAUGAUGUAGAUAAAAAAUGGUUGAUUGUGAAACAAGAUCUGCAAAACGAUUUUAAAAAGUUACUAGCCAAAGGAGUACCAGCUGCACAUGCAGCGAUAAGUUCAUCGAACAGCGACUCCUUGCCGUCUUCAUUAAAAGUUUCAUCGCCAAGAUCAUCCAUGACCUACGAAUCCAUCCAACAGGCCAUAAAAUUUAAUAAAACGAAUAAUGGCUCUUCAAGCGGACCCGCAUCCAAUAAUAAGAGUAAGCUUCAACAGCUUUCUGAUAAGAACUCUAGUACUUCAACUUUGACGACUGAGAAGAUAAACCGUCCACCGAUACAUUAUGUUAAGCGGAUUAUAGCAGACAAGUUAACAGGCAAUGAAAUGAAUGAUCUAUGGGUAACGCUGAGAACUGAACAGCUGGACUGGGUGGAUGGUUUCUUGGAACAUCAAGGUCACAUCGCUAUGGCAAAUGUGCUAACAACGUCGAUAUACAAAACAGAUCCUGAAACUCCACUAAGUUACGAUCUUUUAGAAAAGGAACAUGCUUUCUUCAGAUGUUUUAGAGUGCUAUCUGUUUUAACCCAAGGCCUUUACGAACUAUCAAGACAUAAUAUCAUGGCAGAAACAGUGGCGAAUGGACUGUUUUCUGUGCGGCUUGCCACUAGGAAAAUGGCAACAGAGAUUUUUGUUUGCAUGUUGGAGAAGAAGAAUAAGGUAAGAUUUGAGGCAGUCUUGAACGCCUUGGAUAAAAAAUUCAAAAUUGGUGAGAACUUGCAUAUGCUGCAUUACAUGAAGAAUUCGCCUCAACACUUCAGCCAUUUCACUCGUGACAGUCAGUUCAAAAUCGUGCAAUCAUGGCUUUUCGCCGUGGAGCAAUCACUAGAGGGCAGAGGCAAAAUGGGAUCACUAGUGGGUGCUUCAGAAGACUUUAAAGCAUCUGGAGGCGAAAAUGCCAUUCUAGAGUACUCUCAAUGGACAAUGGUUUUCAUCAAUCAUUUCUGUAACGGAACUGAUGUUAUCAACCAGAGGAUUCUGUUACGAACUAGACUCGAGAAUGCUGGUGGAUUGAGAAUCAUGAAUCAGUUCAAGCUUUUAGACUAUGACAAGGUUAUGGAGCUUGUUGAGGCGUAUGAAAAUUUGAAGCUCGACGAUCUGAAUUCUGUUCUAGAGACAGGUGCUCAUGCGUCAGACAUUGACAUGAACGAUUCUGCAUCGUUGCUAAAGAAGCUCUUCGACUAUUGUAAAGGCACAGAAAGUGAAAAAUUGCUCAAUUCUCUGGUGAAACACUUGUUCCUCUCUACCUCGCGCUUGAUGGAAGAUAACCAGGACCCGACGAAGCUGUCAAAGCAGUUAAGAUUGAUGGACUCCCUGGUGACAAAUGUCAGUGUCUCGGCUGUUGAUGAAUCUUCAAGUAUUAACAUGGCGAUCCAACGCCUUUACGACUCUAUGCAGACUGAUGAAGUUGCCCGCAGAGCCAUUUUAGAGAGUAGGACGCUGACUAAAAAGCUAGAAGAAGCUCAAGCUGAAAGAGACUUCUUGAGUCAGAAAUUAAGCAAGACCGGAAAUGGUCUGGUUGGUCAACUUGAGAAAGAAGUGCAGCAGAGAGACGACAUUUUAGAGAAAAAUCAGAGAGUUACACUACAACUACAAGACGAAUUAGAAGAGCUGAAGAAAAAGCAUCUUUUGGAAAAGCAUGAACACGAAGUGGAACUGCGCAAAAUGUUGACGAUCUUGAAUUCGAGGCCUGAAGGCGAUUUGAGUAGAAAAGGUUCGGUGCACAGUAAAGCACAGCCCGGGAUCCUGGAUCCAGAUAAAAAGUCUACAAUCCAACAGGCUUUACAAGAUGGCUUGUUGAAGACCAAAAAAGACUUGAGCGUCGACUCAAAGAGAUUUGGUAUUACAGUGCAGCCUAACAAGAGGCUCAAAAUGCUACGUUUGCAAAUGGAAGACAUUGAACAGGAAGCGCGGGAACUGGAGAUGACUAAUUUUGCAGAUCAUAAUAAAGCUGUUUUGCAGGCACCUGUCAAAGUUGAAAGCUCCAAUUAUGUAAGGAAAGAAAAUGAGCUGAGAGCCAAAGAGUUGAAGGCGAACAAACUCAGUGAGUUAAGAAAGGCAUUAGCUGAUAUCCAGAAAGAAUCCAAUGGCGUUUCCAAGUUCAAUGUCGAGGAAAGAGUAAAUGAACUAUUCAAACAAAAGAAACUUUCUGCCUUGGACAGAUUAAACGAUUUGGAGAACAUGUACAAAGAAUAUGGCAUUGAUCUCAGUACACAUUUUCCUAUCCAGGAUGAGCCACAAGAAAGUGCUGAAAGUGAGAAAAAUGCUGAAGGCCCCUCAACUUUGGAUCCUAGGGCUUACCAAGCAAAACUUGAUGAAAUUGAUCGCAUAUCAAAGGAACUAAUAGAAAUGAAAUCCGAGUUGAAAAAUGAUAAGGCUUUAAGAAGGCAUGAAUCACCUUCAAAGCAAGAUACAGACGAUGACGAAAUCCAAGACACAGGAAGCAUGGUGAAUGAAGAUUUGCAGUCAUCUGGUACCAGUUCAUUUCUUGAGUCUCUUUCUCAGAAAUAUGGAACGGGAAAGAAUGCUACGAACAUGCUUACCAAUGAUAUUCUCAACUCGAGCGAGAGAAAGGGACAUAGCAGACAGUCGUUUAUGGAGCGCAUGAAGAAACCAAGUGGCGUACCGGCAUACCUUGAAGAGCUGCCUCUCAAAGUUCCGAAAGCGCCUCCGCUUGGCGUGGCGGAGACAGAAGAUAGUUCAGAUAACAUUGCAGAAGAUGUUGAAAAAGAAUCUGCGGAGCACGAUGAGCAGGAGGAAAACUCUGGAAAGCCCGAUGUUGCAUCUCAGAAAGUUCCUCAGGAAAGUGGCAAGGCAGGCACGCCACAUCCUGUGCCACCGCCUAUGCCUGAUAUGCUGAAGAAAGGGCCUGAAACAUCAACCGCUCCACCUCCUCCACCACCUCCUCCGCCACCACCUAUGUUUGCCCAAGCGAGGAACUCUGGCCCCAUUCCACCUCCUCCACCUCCCCCACCUCCUUCUCUCACACCUAGUACUUCUGAGGCUGCGAAGCUGUCGCCUCCACCUCCACCACCACCAUUACUGGGUCAAAAAAUGGCUUAUAGAACAGCUGUACCGUCGCCUUUGCUGCCACAAUCACCAUCUCUAUUUAGCAGCUACCCUCGUGCGCGUAAAAAGCUCAAGCAGCUACACUGGGAAAAACUGGACGCAACUGACAACUCUAUCUGGUCAUCUGGAAAAGCUGAGAAGUUUGCAGGCGAUUUAUAUGAGAAGGGUGUAUUGGAAGAUUUAGAAAAAGCCUUUGCAGCAAGGGAAAUAAAAUCACUGGCUACAAAGAAACGGGAAGACCUAGAUAAAAUAACGUUUCUAUCGCGUGAUGUAUCUCAGCAAUUUGGGAUCAACCUUCACAUGUACUCUCAAUUGUCUGUUGAAGAACUGGUAACAAAAAUUUUGAAAUGUGAAAGAGACUUCAUGGAUACACCCAGUGUAUUGGAGUUUCUAUCAAAGCCAGAAAUUAUCGAGGUCUCAACUAACUUGGCAAGAAACUAUUCUCCUUAUUCUACUGAUUGGGAUGGUGUUUCGAAAGUUGAGGAUGCAAAGUCUCCAGAGAAAGACCCAGCCGAGUUGCAAAGAGCAGACCAAUUGUAUCUGCAAUUGAUUUACAAUCUUCAACCGUAUUGGGGUUCUCGUAUGAGAGCUUUAAGAGUCAUUACUUCCUAUGAGCGCGAGUAUUCAGAGUUAGUAACUAAGUUGAGAAAAGUCGACAAAGCCGUUGCUGUUAUCCAAAAGUCUACCAACCUGAGAAACGUUUUCAAUGUUAUUUUGGCAGUUGGUAACUAUAUGAAUGAUUCUGCUAAGCAAGCUCAGGGUUUUAAACUUUCCACCUUACAAAGACUAACAUUUAUUAAAGAUGCCAACAAUAGUAUGACAUUUUUGAAUUAUGUGGAAAAAAUCGUCAGAGAUAACUAUCCAUCUUUCAACGACUUCCUUGAAGACCUACAGCCUGUCCUGGAUGUAGUAAAAAUUUCAAUCGAACAGCUUAUUUCUGAUUGUAAAGAAUUCAGCCAAUCAAUUACCAAUGUGGAGAGAUCAAUCGACAUAGGUAAUUUGAAUGAUUCUUCUAAAUUCCACCCUCUAGAUAAGGUUUUGGUAAAAGUUCUACCGGUUUUGCCUGAAGCUAGUAAAAGAGUUGAAUUACUGGAUGAAGAAGUUAAACUAUCAAUCAUGGAGUUCGAAAGCCUGAUGCAGAGAUAUGGUGAAGACUCUGCUGACAAGUUCGCAAAGAACUCUUUCUUCAAGAAGUUUGCUGAUUUCAUUAAUGAGUACAAGAGAGCCCAGGCUCAAAACUUAAAGGCUGAGGAAGAAGAGAGACUUUACCAAACACACAAGAAGAUGGUCGAAGAGCAGCAAAAAAGAGCUGAGGAAAAGGAAAGAUCCGAAAAUGCUACCGAAGAAGAUGCCAGUGAAGAAAAUGAAGAUAGACGUGCUAUGAUGGACAAAUUAUUGGAACAACUGAAGAAUGCGGGUCCCGUUAAAGCUGAUCCUUUGUCCGCUAGGAAGAGAGCAAUGAUCAGAAAGAAGAUGUUGAACGACAGCGAAGCUGUUUCCGAUGUACUAGACUCGAUUCAACAAGAGGAUGACAGUAUGAUAUAUUCCCCAGAGAAACAGGAGGGAAUCACUAAUCCAACAGGUGAUUCUUCACAAUCACCAUCAAAAGGCGCCGCAAAUAACCAGCAAGAUGAAGAGGAGAUUACAGAUAGGGCAAAGGCUCUGCUAAUGGGGCUGCGGGGAGGUGAAUCACCAAGUAAGCGUAAUAAUGUGCUAAAUGGUCAUAAGGAGAAACUGCGCGCACGUCGUAGGAAGACUAAUACAGACAUGUCUCCCGAAGGAUCCUUUCUGUUCAAUGAAGAAGUAAGAGGAACCAUCAGUUCUGCCGAUACGGACUAUUCAAACGAGCAGCAAAGCAACUCAGAAGCCAACACGCUUACGAAAUCUAUAAGAUCGACUCUUACUGAAGAAAACGACGACCCAGAAUAA